AUGGAAGCUUUCGCCGCUAUCGGCGCGGUCGCAGCCAUUCCCCAGUUAGUCAGGGAGUUUAUCAAGAUAAGCAGAUGGCUGAAGAAAUGCGCCCAGCGCAUCAAAUACGCAGCGAGAGAUAUUGAAGAGCUCGCACGCGAAACGAGAAUCUUUGCCACCGUGUACGAUGAUUUCAUCAGAGUAGUGUGCAGCGAUAAGAGCAAAUCGUUCCGAGGCAAGUCCUUCCGCAAGCUGAAGCAAUGGGCAAAAGCAACUUUGCGCGGGUUGUCGGGUUUGCUGGACAAGGUGAAAGAUCUACAAACAGAUUCCGACUCGAGGAAUCUGUCAAUGUGGGAUCAGGCCGUGGCCACGACAAAAGCACAUGUUAGAUUGUUCUCUAAAAUUAAUUUCGUGAAGUACAUGCGGUCGAGCAUGGCAGCGGCCAGGCAGUCAAUGGUCUGCUUCCUGAACGUGCGUCGAGUAGAACAAUGUUCAGAGCUGCUUCGAAUUUUUAGAGAGAAGGCCCAGACGGAGAUGCUGAGCAAGGAAGAAGAAGACUUCGUGCAAGACAUAGAAGCAAGCAUAAUGAGUCUCAAAACGACUGAGCAGGAUGACUUGGAAGAGCAAAAGAUCCUAAUCAACGAAUUACGCGACAUUAGGAAAACCGAAGACCUGAAUGACAUUGUUCCUCCGGUGAAAGGAUUAGAGAGUUUCUCCAGGGCUGUUCAGCGAUAUGACAGGAAGAUUGUCUCCGAAAUACCACCUUUGCCCCACGAAGAAGCAUUCGAAACAAGUUCAUCUGGUAGUAUGUCGAGCCGAUCAUAUUCAAAUCGUAGGGAUGACAAGCCCAAGGUUGUUCCAACCACAGUCCCUUCCCAGCCACAACCUCGACGCGCCGAGAAGAAGAGCCAACCUCCGCCAGCUUUCAUCCCCCCUAAUUAUCCCACCCCUCCUCUAGAAGUACGUCCCCUCUCUGUUCGAAAAAGCGUGCAAAAGCCACCCAAUACGACCACGCGAGACCAACCUAGAUUCAAAGUCCCAGAAGAAGCGCGUAUAGAACCCGUCGAACCAAGAAGAAGCACGCGAUACUCCCUGAAACCCAACCUUCGACUAGAUCCCAGGGAAGGACUGGCGCCACCACCAUCAACUUCCGACAUCAAUGUUCCCAACGAUGUCAUUUCGCCGGGGUCCGUCACUACGACGACUUCAUCUACUACCUCCUCCGAAGCAUCGAGGAACUACAAUGCUUGGGGAAGGCAGUACUGGAACGAUCGGAGCGAUAUCCUAGGACACCCGAGAAGGAUACCACCACCCGAGACUUCUUCCACGUCCGAUCCUUCGUCCAGCGAAGCGGCCGCGGCGGCGAGGUUGACGAGUAUGUCUUCACUAGGAGAGCAUGUGUCCACUGGUGGUGCCUCGGAUACCAAUGGCAAAGACGAAAAGCUUCAUCCUCCUACCCAAAUAGUCAGCAACAACGAGGAUGAAAUUCAAGUCGACGACGAUGUUCACCGGAUAGAGGGUGAUGAUGAUGUCGACUCCAACGAAGAGGAACACAGCGACAGGCCAGACCCGACAGAAACUCAACGACACGAUAUCGAUAUGGAGGACGACGAUGACUCACCAUCAUCAGAAGACGAAGGAGAAGCAAGUCCGUUCCAGCCCCUGACUGGCAGGAGUGGGAAGUUCCCGCCGGGUUGGAAGACGAGACGGCGUGGUCGAGAUGCGUCGACGGAGCGGUGA